AGGAAACCAGCACCUCCAGGUUUGUUUACAUGUGACAUUCAAUUUAUUAAGUUGAGCGUGUUGUGUGGAUUUUUUAAACAUGUUUUUAUUAGUUUUAACAUUUGAUAAUACGUUACCGAGGACAAACCCCUCAUUUAAAUCACAAGAGAACGUUUUUGUUAUUAGUUUUGGAUUGUGAACUUAGCCAGGGAGGUGUGCUGUGGGACGAUGGCCUUCAAACAGCCGAUGAUGCCUCAGGAAAGACUCAGCUGACAGAGACGUAGUUGGAAAAAAAAUUACCUUUUUUUAGAAGCAUCAAGCUUUAUUCGAGUCAGGGGCAACUAGUGAAGGCACAUCCGGUGGCAGCUUUGCAAUGGCAGCUGCCAGCGCUUUGCAGAUGCCAGAACGCACAACUGAGGUGUCCCGGGACUCGUCUUCCGCCUAAACGGCGGUAGAAGUCAUGGCAACGCGGUGGCAGCACCUUACGGACCCUUCCAGCUGACCUGGACCUUUCUGUACCCGGGCACCCCGUGGCAUCUGCUCACCGGAAGUGCUGUCUCCAGUUGCCCCCCGGCAACUGGCCUGUUUUAUUUUCCACCAGGUCUGUCUCCGAAAUACAGCACCAUGCAGCAGAUCUGGAGAGGUCUCGAAGCCAAAAUGCAGUAGAAGUAUCUGUAACUUAUUUUACAGGGUUUCAGACUGUCCAAACACCCUGGCAUAUCUGGUUUCGGUUAUCUCUCCUAAUGUUCCCCCCACAUGGGGUUAGCUCAGUGUCCCCUCACAUGGGCGCUCGCAGCCGUUGGUUUAUCCACUUUCCCUUAACCACUGACAUAGGCAAAUGUUCUGUAGACACUACAUGGUUAGUUUCAGCUCUGUGUGAUCGCCGGUAAGUUUCGGUUUCCUCAGUGACUUUUUUUUUUAAUCCGUGAAGCGUCUUUGAGGGGGCAUGGAGAGCAACAAUGCAUGUUGGCUGUGACGUUGCUGGAGUUGAGUCUAACAGGUUUCAUCUCCCUCUCGAUGCGUCUCUGUUCACGUCGGAACGUCAGUGAAGUUGAUGCACGAUGUUCCAGCGCAACUCGGCUCCCAGGGGGUGGCCGAGCUACGGGAACGGCCUGGGCCCCCCUCCUCAGGCCCCCCGGAGCUACGACUACCACCACCAGAGCCAGCCGGCUGCCAGCAGCUUUCGAGUUCUGGAACUGCAGAGUUUGCCUCCUUAUGAGUGGAUCCCUCGACCGUCCACCUCACCGACUGUUCCUCAUAUGACCAAUACACGCAAGAGGCAGAAUAAUUCCUACAGUCCCUACACAGUGAAGCGCCAGCGCAUCGACUCCUCAGUAGCCCCUCCUCUGAAUUGGGCUCCUCUUCCUCCACGUCCUGACAAACUAGUGGCAGAGUCUUCAAGAUCAUCCGUCACUGGUUUUGAUGACUAUCGUCCCAGUCCACGCUUCAAUCCCCGCCUUCCAGAGCCUUCUGUCCCGGGAAGCUCCAGCAGCCUCAAGCCCUCUGCUAAAGGAAAGCUGAGUAUUCAGAUGGAGGAGUUCUUUGAGGCUUGUCAGCAGCAGCUUUCAGAUCUGGAACGGAAAGAGAUGUGUCGCGCUCAGCUGCAGGAAGACAUCCAACAAUGCUACCCAGAGGGGCGGCUCUAUUUGACCGGAUCCUCUAUGAAUGGAUUGGGCUGUCGGAGCAGCGACGCCGACCUGUGUCUCGUCAUCACAGGAACGAAGAGACCCGAUCCAGUUUCUGUCCUGUCUCAGCUGAAACGAUCCUUCAGAUCCCUCACAUAUAUAGAGAGGAUUCAGCUGAUCAGAGCUAAAGUGCCCAUCCUCAGGUUCAGAGAGACAGGCAGUGAUCUGGAGUUUGAUCUGAACAUUAACAACACAGUGGGUAUCAGAAACACAUUCCUCCUGAGGAGCUACGCCAACGCCGAUCUCAGGGUGAGGCCCAUGAUUCUCGUCGUGAAGAAAUGGGCACGGCAUAAUCAAAUCAAUGAUGCCAGCAAAGGGACAUUAAGCAGCUACACGCUGGUGCUGAUGGUCCUUCACUACCUCCAGAACCUUAAGGAACCUGUCAUUCCAUCUCUACAAAGGGAUUACCCUGAGUGUUUUAAUCCCAGCAUCGAAAUAAACAUGGUUCCAGAAGGACCCAAACACAUUCCACCCUACAAUUCCAGAAAUCGGUCCUCUCUGGGGGAGCUGCUGGUGGGCUUUCUCAGAUACUACGCCAUAGAUUUCAGGUGGGAUCAGCAGGUGAUUUCUGUGCGAGAAGCCUCAACCUUCCCCAAGGACAAUUCUCUUGAGUGGAGAAACAAAUUCAUAUGUGUGGAAGAACCGUUUGAAAGAAAUAACGUGGCCCGCGCUGUCCACGAGAAGAUCAAGUUUGAUACCAUUAAAGCUCAGUUUGCAGAGUCAUACCGGAUACUCAGGCUGAGCGGAGACCUGAACUCUAUCCUCCCUCUUAGAACCAUCAUUAACAAGGAGUCAAGCAGGAGAUAAAAGGCUUCCCUGCUUAGAUGAGCUGCCUGCUGUCUUCUACCUCAAGACAAGCCUGUACCGAGAAAAGACGCGCCGCCUUUAGGACGUCCAGAAGGAGGAGCCUGCCCAGCUCUCAGUCGGACAGGCGCUGGGACUGCUCAGUCUGGACUGACACAGUCACAAUAUUGUGCUGUCCUGUGGCAGAUCUCUAAAAAGAUCGUUCCUCUUCCUGUUAGAAAGUUUGGCUGGUGAUUUUCUGCUCAACAAAACAGGAUUUAAAUAAUUUGUGGAGUGAAGCCAGACGGCUUUUUAGGUGAUAUCCUGUCACUGAGGCCGUGGACAGAGAUAAAGAUACUUUUUUCUUUUUAAUGUUGCCAUAUGACACGUAAAUUCCAGUAUUUCUGCUUGAGAGACAGUCUCUCAGUGUCCCGAAGAUGCCAAAAUUAAAUAGGUAUUGACUCUUUGCUAGAAUUAUGUAAAUACCCUCUUUUCUAUAUUUAUAGGUCAGCACUGUCAAACUUUAAGUGGGGUCAUUUUUUGUUUGGUAUUACUGCAGCUUUUCACCAUCUUUUGAGUAUCUGAGCUUCCCUUUAAAGUGAUGUAAUGUUUAGGAUGAAAUGAUCUGUGACAGGGAUGAAAAGGGGAUCUACUGGAUUCUCCCAUUCCUUUAAGUUUUAUAUCACAUUUUGCAUUACCUUUUACUGACUGGUGUCAAACCUGUACAGCCGUUUAUUGGAUUUGCUUUGCCAUUGUGGUCAUUUUGAGUAAACUUGAUACAUGUUUUGAACAAUGCUUUGAAAUGCUUUUGAAUAUGGUGUUUCUUUCCUCUUUGGAUUCUAUUUCCCAUCUCUUUUUGUACAUUUUGUACAUUACUGAAUUUUGAUGCUAAUUUAAAAAUAAAUCUAAAGGUUUAUGAGAAUGUUCCUUUUACAUUUCUGUGUUCUCUGUGAAAUAAAAAAA